AAACGCACAGCUCCUAGGGACGGCCGUCAGAAAAGGAUAUUCGCCUUUAAUGGGACAACACCCCCUCCCUUCCAGCCAUUCCCUCCUACAUCAACGGCCGCUGCUUUGUGCUCAGCGUCAACUUUCCAGGAGUGAGGAGCGCAGCACUAACACCAGCGCUGUCGGGACUGCGAAGCUUAAGAGGCGCUUCGGCUGCACUACAGCAUGACGAGGACGCCGCCGCCACCGCCGUCGCGUCCGCACAAGUGAACAGCUGCGCUCAGCUCGACUCCGAUCCUGAGGGGUUUCACAAAGAUCGCCUGUGCUACUUUUAUCAUGUUGGAAAGAAAAGCCUGAUUGAUUUUUCUCUCAUUGUGAUAAAACAGAUACUUUCAGAUCCACAUCCCUUUGGCGAUUAAAAUGGGUUGUUGCACCGGACGCUGCACGUUGAUUUUUCUCUGCACUUUGCAACUGCUGGCAGCAUUGGAACGGCAGGUCUUUGAUUUUCUUGGAUAUCAGUGGGCACCCAUCCUUGUGAACUUCUUUCAGAUCAUAAUCGUCAUUUUGGGCCUGUUUGGGACAAUUCAGUACAGACCUCGCUACAUUGUGGUGUAUGCUGUGUGGACAACCUUGUGGGUCACUUGGAAUGUAUUUAUUAUCUGCUUUUAUUUGGAAGUUGGUGGACUUUCAAAGGAAAGUGAUCUCUUAACCUUCAACAUAUCAGCUCAUCACUCAUGGUGGAGUGAACACGGACCUGGAUGCGUUCGCAAAGAAAUGCCAGCGACAGGAGUCAAGAGUUUUGACAGCCAGUCCUACAUCUCUGUAAUGGGCUGCAUUGUUGAAUAUCAGUACAUUGAGGUCCUGCAGAGCUCCUGUCAGAUACUCAUUGCUCUCGUGGGAUUUGUCUAUGCUUGUUAUGUUGUAAGCGCCUUCACAGAGGAGGAGGACAGCUUUGAUUUUAUUGGCGGAUUUGAUCCAUUCCCACUCUACCAUGUCAAUGAGAAACCAUCCCAUCUACUCUUAAAGCCGAUGUACCUGUCUACGUAAAUAGGAAACCAGAAUCCUUCAGGGAGAGCUCUUUCACUAUGGCCGACAUGAGGAUCUUCUGGACAAGACUCUCUUGAAGCCUUUCAAUGAUCCUAGGCACAUAAUUGAGGAGAGAAAACAAACAUUCCAAUUAUAAUUUUAUUUUUUCUGUUUAUUAUGAAUGAAUUAUGUUAAUUUGAUAUGUGUGCUUGUGCUGUCCAGGGCGGAUGUGUUUUACUAUCAAAGGAAAGAAGAAAAGUUAACAACCGCGUGUUUUCUCAUAUCAUAGAAUAAUAACUGUGAUGACAAGAAGGACAGAGAUGAGCAGUAUGGAAAAUGUGAGCCUUUAUGUAUUAGCCGACAAGGUUGUUGUUCAAAAUUAUAUAGUUUUCCAAAACCUGAAAGCAAUGCUAACUCGUUCCUGUUGGCAUCAUUUACUGCCUUGCCAAGGGGUAACUUUUUUCGUUGUGCUUAUUAACCCCUCAGCAAGUCCAAAAUGCAUGUGUAGUCAGCGUUUGUCCGGCCUAACUUGUUAUUAUGGCGUAUGCUCUGCAAACUACUGAAUGUUUUUAGACACAGAAAAGAACUGCAGGGCAGAGCAAACGCAUACGUGAUCAUAAACUCUUCAUCUUUUUAUUGGUGCUUUGUUCUCAUUAUUUUGCAAAUAUUCUCUGACCAUUAAGUCUCUACUGCCCCCUAGUGUUUCUUGUGCCACUGUUUUGAAAAAAAAAUGACUGCAUCGAGCCAGUAUUUCAUAUGAAGUUUUAAAUGAGCCCAUUCUUGGUCAGAUGGUACUUGUGUUAUUAGUUACUGGUGUAAAAAUGUGGACGUUAAUUUGUAAUUUGCUGCCUAUAAAAGUCGGGAGAAUAUAACAAAGUAAUAAUGGACCGUUCUAAUUUUAAGAGGCUGUUUGUAACUUUGCCAUUUUCAUUAUUUAAAACCCUGCCGUGGCAGAAACUGGCUUGCUGCGGAUGAAGAUCAUACAGUCUCUGGGCAACUGGAAAAGCUGCAGCGGGGUCAAGAAGGCGAGUAUGUUAAGGGCAAAAACCUAAAGGCACUGCGCAAUCAAUAAAAUAUGGCCAGUCCAUCAAGAACCUCCGGGGGAUUCCGCUGGAUUUCUAAAUGUACUGGAUGAAGGCAAUGCCUAACGCCAUCCUUGUUAGGGAUAGUGUGCGAAAAUGACAAGAGGUGCUUAUACUCCUUUUAUGUUGCAUUUUAUAAAGCUCAGUGUUACUUUUUUAUUAGUCAGGUCAUGGUCUUGGCUGCUAAAACAUAUCUUAGCCAAGCUUAAGAAAUCCUCAGUGCUUGCACAUCCAUGUAUUGUAGUGAGGAUGAAAUAUGCGAGAAGCUGGUGAGAUCUGUCAGUGUCACCCAGUUAAGAACGAGUGCUAGAGCUCAUCAGUUUGGGGAAGACCUAGCUGUGACAUUUCUGAAUAAGACCGCUCGCUGUCUUUACUCUUAUCAUGUAAUGUUUAAUGUGAAUCUGGAAGGCUCCUCUUGGACCUCUGCGUUGAAGGCACAGACGGUGUGUUUCGCU